AGCAGGUGUUCUUGCGGGCGCCCUGGUUUCCGGAGUGCAGAUGGCCAUCUCCGCCUCCAACACCGGCGGAGCGUGGGACAACGCGAAGAAGUUCAUCGAGGCAGGCAACACGGAGCAGUCACGCGCGCUCGGGCCGAAGGGCUCCGCAUGCCACAAGGCAGCCGUCAUCGGAGACACCGUGGGCGAUCCCCUCAAGGACACGUCGGGCCCAUCUCUCAACAUCCUCAUCAAGCUCAUGGCAGUCGAGUCUCUUGUCUUCGCACCAUUCUUUAAGGAGCAUGGCGGCAUUCUUUUCGGUGGCAACAGUUAGAGCGGUGUUAAUCACCCUGGAGAUUUUUGCUGUUUUGGAGCGUGUCUGCUUUUAGCGAUUUCGGGCUAGGGCACGGAAUCGGCCAGGCAAUCAAAAUACUCUCUUUCCCCGACUUCCUGCCCCCUGGUUACAUUGUAAUCGCUGGCGACGUAACGAAGUUUGGAGGUUGUUAACGUCCUCAACGACGCUCCAAUAUAGUCGGUGCAGGGAAAGGAAUGGCUUUUUUCUCCCCCGAUUUUGAGGAGAUACUAGCCGGCCCAGGUGGAAGGAAAUCUGUUAGCUAACUACAAGUUUGUGGCAUUUUCAUUCGUUGACUCACUCGUGCUAUUUGUAKAGUCUCUCUCUCUCUCUCGGAGUAGUACCGCCUUUGAAACGUCGUGGUCUGCGUUUAUUGAUUAGUUCCUUGAUCGCUUGCCAUAAGAGGAAGAGUGCAUAUGGAGAGUUGCGCGCUAAGAGUGUAUGUGGAGAGUUGCGCGCUAAGAGUGCAUAUGGAGAGUUGCGCGCUAAGAGUGCAUAUGGAGAGUUGCGCGCUCGGGGAAAAAGUUCGUGUGUAAUAAAUACUUCGGAUGGUUUGGAGCAGGCAUACCAUUGUGUUAUAUAAUCUCAGGAGAUGCGUAGCAGGGAGGCUUUUCCUCUCGAUGGAAUUCUCGUUUCUUAAUGGCGACGAGUUGUUUUCGUCUUCUGCCGAAUACCAUCUGAAAUGUGAUCUGUCGACGACUCGACGUCCCUUCUUAUUGGCGACGAGUUGUUUUCGUCUUCUGCCGAAUACCAUCGAGUGUCUAUCUGUUGACCUGUGCUGGCAAUAUACUCGCGGUAUCUAUCGUUUGGUUGGUUACCCACUUCUUUCUUAUGUUGAAGGUCGUGUCGAGCUUCGCGUACGACCCCUGUCCGAAGUUAUAGCGCGCUGGUUUUCCUUGUAAGGGCCAUGAGAUAAUGUCUGUAACAACCAUAUCGGGGGACCAGAYGAAAUUUGGUCUUCCCUGUGAGGAAAGACUGGCUUUCUUCCAAGUAUGGUGGCGUGAAUACGGUCCAUUUGAAAGUGAUGGGAGGGAGGGGACCGGAGAGAACAAACGUAGGGUUCCGGAUGUGGAUGCUGUGGAUUCUUUGGCGCUGGUUGGAGCCUUUGGGAAUUCCAUUCGUGUGAUUAUGGCAUGAGUGUUUUGGGUAUUACUGCGAUUAGUAGGUUAUCACUACCCGAG